AACGGAAAACGUUGGCUGCACGAAUUGUUAGCCGGUUUUGCACAUAAUUUGCAUUGUUGUAUUUAGUUGUUACACAUUUCGACCAUUUGGUUUAUCAUUCAGGUUCAGCUAUAUUGCAAAGGAUAUUUAUUUCAAUUAUCUUCUCCUGCAAUUCAUCGUUUCGUGUUAAUUCCAGUUCUAGAAGGGAAUUUGCUGAAAAUGGCUCUGAGCAGUGAUCAGAAAGUGCUUUCACCAAGAGAAUCUGGAACCUUCAUCGUUCGAGUUGCCCAGGACGUGUCCAUUGACAUGGAAGGCAUUAAAAAAUGUGCAUCUGAGAUCUUCGAGAAUGUUCGCUCUGGAAAAUUGAGUGCAAGGAAUUUUACCCAGUCAACUUUACAUCCGAAGUCAACUGACCCAAAAGCCGUCGACUGGAUCUUUCUGGUCGACACGCUCAAUUUCUCCUUUUGGUCUGGGGAUGAGGAUAGGGACGUGCCGAAAUGGACCGUCCAGUUCAAAGGAAACUCUUACACGGGUUACUUUGCUUUGUGUGCAGCAGUAAAUCGGGCUAUCGAGGAGGAAGGGUUGGAUUUAACAGAUCCGAAAGUUUAUGGUUCUCUCACGGUUGACGACAUCUUGCGAAUCUUCCGAUCUGAAACCUCCACCCCCAUUCCCAUGCCUGAAGACAGAGUGAUCAACCUUCAAGAAGCCAGUCGCAUUUUGCAGGAAAAGUAUCAAGGAUCGUUUGUCAACUGCAUUCAUCUUGCUCAGAAAAGUGCUCAGCAGUUGCUGAACACUUUGGUGUCGGAUUUCUCAUCUUAUCGAGAUCAGGCUGUUCUCGACUCCGUCACGGUAUCGAUUCAUAAAAGAGCACAAAUUUUGAUUGGAGACAUUUGGGCGUGCCAUGAGGGUCAAGGCUUGGGAGAAUUUGAUGAUAUUGAUAGCUUAACCAUGUUUGCUGAUUAUCGUAUUCCUCAAGUACUGUUACAUUAUGGUGCCAUGAAAUAUUCCAAGGAGCUGAUGGAUGAUCUACUUAAAGAUAAGCUACUGGAAAACGGCGAGAGACGCGAAGUAGAGAUUCGUGGAGGAUCAAUUCACGCUGUGGAACUAAUUUCUAUUGACGUGAGAGAACGCCUUGUGAAAGUGGGGCUGCCACCCAACAUGAUCAAUUCCAUUUUAAUCGAUCAUUUUCUUUGGGACUAUCGGCGAGAGCAUGCGGCGGAGAUGGAAAUGUAUCCUUACCACAAAACCCGUUGCAUUUACUACUGAGGAAAUUGAGACAAGAGAACAGUUUCUCCAAUAGCACACUUAUUGAAGUCUAUACGAGUGCACACAUCCAGUUUCAAAUUAACACAAAGAUGAUUUAUUACUGCCCGAAAUAAAGUUUUUUGAGACAAAUACUAAUAACAAA